AACUUUAUUACUUUUUCUUCACCGAGACACUUUUCUCCAGUUUAUCAGAGGGCGUCCCGCUACAGUUAUACCCCCUACAACGCCAUGCCCAUUCCUAGACCGAUCCCCGCUGUUGAUGUUGAGACUCUGGAGAAGCAAUUGGUGGAUGAGAAACUUCUUAUCAUGCUACGAAAGAAGUUGCAGGAAAUUGGAUUUGAUGGGAAUGCUUGUAUGCCGGGGCAAUACAACGGUUUGCUUUGUCCAAGCUGUAAAGGUGGGGACUCGGAGGAGAAGAGCUUAUCUCUACAUAUCACAGAGGAUGGGUCGGCGGCAGUAUGGACCUGCUUUCGGGCUAAAUGCGGGUGGAAGGGCACUACUCGUGCGUAUGCAGAUGUUAGAUCGACUUUUGAAACAAUGAGUAAGAUCACCAGAAUAAAGCAGGCAACUAGAAUAAUCACAGAGGAGAGUUUGGGACUUGAACCUUUGUGUAAUGAGCUACUUGCAUAUUUUGCUGAGCGCAUGAUAUCUGGAGAAACAUUACGAAGAAAUGCUGUCUUGCAGAAAAGAACAGGGAAUCAGAUUGUUAUUGCAUUCACCUAUCGAAGAAAUGGUGAGCUUGUAAGCUGCAAGUAUCGUGAUAUUACCAAAAAGUUUUGGCAGGAAGCCGAUACUGAAAAGAUCUUCUACGGGCUGGAUGAUAUAAAGGAAGCAAGUGAUAUCAUCAUUGUUGAGGGUGAAAUGGACAAGCUUGCAAUGGAAGAGGCUGGCUUCAAAAACUGUGUGAGUGUUCCUGAUGGUGCCCCUCCAAAAGUCUCAAAUAAGGCAUUGCCCUCAGAGGAAGAGGACACGAAGUAUAAAUAUCUAUGGAACUGCAAAGAUUACACGGCGAAGGCAUCUCGCAUAAUUCUUGCCACUGAUGGUGAUCCUCCUGGUCAAGCCUUAGCUGAAGAACUUGCAAGGCGCUUGGGGAGGGAGAGGUGUUGGAGAGUCAAAUGGCCAAAAAAGAAUGACUCUGAAAGUUUUAAAGAUGCAAAUGAGGUGCUUAUGUAUAUGGGUCCUGAUGCACUGAGGGAAGUAAUUGAAAAUGCUGAGCUUUAUCCGAUAAGAGGGCUGUUCAAUUUCAAAGAUUACUUUGAUGAGAUUGAUGACUACUAUCAUCAGUCGCUUGGUUUCGAGCUUGGUGUUUCAACUGGAUGGAGGGCUCUCAAUGAAUUAUAUAAUGUGGUGCCAGGAGAAUUGACAAUUGUCACAGGAGUUCCAAAUUCAGGCAAGAGUGAGUGGAUUGAUGCUCUAUUAUGCAAUAUCAACCAUAGUGUUGGUUGGAAAUUUGCUCUUUGCUCUAUGGAAAAUAAGGUACGAGAACAUGCAAGAAAACUUUUGGAGAAACAUAUUAGGAAGCCUUUCUUUGAUGUUAGAUAUGGGGAGUCUGUUGAGAGGAUGAGCGUUGAGGAAUUAGAGCAAGGAAAGAAGUGGCUCAGUGAUUCAUUUUCUCUGAUAAGGUGUGAGAAUGAUUGCCUUCCAAGUAUAAAUUGGGUUCUUGAUCUUGCAAGAAUAGCAGUUCUGCGUCAUGGGGUGAACGGGCUUGUAAUUGAUCCAUAUAAUGAACUUGAUCAUCAACGUCCUCCUAAUCAGACUGAGACGGAGUAUGUGAGUCAGAUGCUGACAAAAAUCAAACGAUUUGCUCAGCAUCAUGGAUGCCAUGUUUGGUUUGUGGCUCAUCCAAGACAGUUGCAUAAUUGGAUUGGGGGCCCUCCAAAUAUGUAUGACAUCAGUGGGAGUGCACACUUCAUAAACAAAUGUGACAAUGGAAUUGUUAUCCACCGUAACAGGGAUCCAGAGGCUGGUCCUGUUGAUCUAGUUCAGGUUUGUGUGCGGAAAGUACGGAAUAAAGUCAUAGGAACAAUUGGUGAUGCCUAUUUGUCAUAUAACAGGGUUACCGGUGAGUACUCCGAUAUUGAUGCGGCUGCCCUAAUUAAGAAACACAGAGCUUAGUAUUUCAGUCUCUUGGCUAUUUCUACGAUUAUUUGCAAGAUAUGGAGGCUGCUGCUUUUCAGGAUAUUCGUCGCCGAUGUCCAUUUUUGAGUGAUGUGGUGUUGGCAUCGAAUGUAAAGCUCUUUGAUUGCUCGUAGGUCACACCAAAUUACUCUUUGUUAAUUUAUGAGCCUAUUGAAGUAUAAUGCUAGCAUCGGUCUCUGCAGCGCUGACCAAUUUUGUGCUAUAGGCCAGGGUGUGCACAUCAUUAUGAUGUAUCUAAGUAGUUGGCGUGGUUUAUUGCGAUGAUGUAAUGAAUGCACUUUAGGUAGAAUUUAAUUUACCGCGAAUAGAUUCGUCCUAUUUACUUUUUAUUCAAUUCAACAAAACGUAAUAUAGUUUACCACAUGUGAACAGUCUUAUGUUAUUCUUUAAAAGGGUUUCAAUGCGCGCAUUGAAUUCUCUGUUAUUCUACAUUAUGAAUUAUUGUAUAAAAGACUAAUGGAAUAUGAAUGUAUAUUC